AUGAACCGCAAGGAUGAGGAGAGCAUCACUGGCACCGGCACGGACAAUGAUAGAGCCGAUACCGUGCUAGCGAGUCCGGAAGUUGAUGCCAUCGACCUUGAUCAACUCGGUCGUCAGAGGCCGGCCGUCUUCAAAAAUGCAGUCUACGAGAUUCUGUUCUGCAUCUCCUUGCUAGUCUCCAUGUUUAUGGCUGAAUUCUUCAUCUCAGGCUUCAACAUUAUCCUUCCCAAUGUCUCCAAGGCCCUAGAGAUCCCCAAGGACUCCCAGACCUGGCCUGCCAGUGUCUUCUCCCUCGUCACCGGUUCCUUCCUUCUGCCCUUCGGCCGUCUCGCCGAUAUUCACGGCGCUUACAUCGUCUUCAACGCCGGUAUCGUCUGGUUCUUCAUCUGGACCUUCAUUUCUGGCUUUAGCGUCAACUACCAGAUGCUCAUCGUAGCUCGGGCUUUAGGUGGCUUGGGACCUGCCGCCUUCUUGCCGACGAGUAUCAUGCUGCUCGGCAAGACCUACCGCCCCGGGCCGCGCAAGAACCUCGUAUUUAGUCUGUGGGGUGCGUUUGCGCCCAUCGGCUUUUUCUUGGGUAUUAUCACCGGCGGUGCCACGAGCCAGUAUCUGUCAUGGAGAUGGUAUUUCUGGUUGGGAUCCAUCGUCGCCUUUGCCGUGGCCGUGUGUUCUUUCAUCACUAUCCCGCGCGACGGGGCGCAGACACGCGCCGAAAACGCUCAUAUCAAGAUGGACUACUUGGGCGUCGCGACCACCGUGCCGGGACUGAUCCUGACCACCUUCGCCAUCACCGAUGGCGCCCACGCUCCUCAAGGCUGGAGGACCCCCUACAUUCUAGUCACGUUUGUGCUGGGCCUGUUGCUGCUUGCCGCCGCCGUCUACGUCGAGGGCUGGGUCGCCGAGCAGCCGCUGCUGCCGUUCGACUUGUUCAAGCCAAAGUACAUGGGCCGCAUGUGCAUUGCUUUGUUCUUUGCCUACGGCGUGUUUGGCAUAUUCCUGUUCUAUGCCAGUUUCCACAUCGGCGACUACAUGGGUGCUUCAGCCCUCCAGACCGCCGUCUGGUUUACUCCUAUGGCUGCUGGCGGUAUCAUCCUCGCCACGGUCGGCGGAUUCACCCUGCACCUACUCCCCGGCCGGGCCCUGCUCGUCAUCUCGGCAUGUGGCUUCUUCGCCUGCUGCCUUCUGUUUGCUUUUGCACCCAUUGACGCAAACUACUGGGCCUUCAUCUUCCCUGCCAUGAUUGGCUCCACCAUCGGCAUCGAUAUUACCUUCCUUGUCACCAACGUCUUCAUCACCACGAAUGUGGCCCGCGAGAGGCAGGGCAUCGCUGGCGCCCUGAUCAAUACCGUGCUAUUUGUGGGUAUCAGCUUCUUCCUCGGCCUUGCUGACCUGGCCGUAUCGGAGGACGGAAAGAGGGGCGGCACCGAGGGUCACAAGGUGGCCUUUUGGUUUGCCACAGCCUCUUCCGUAGUGGUCCUUGUAAUCUUCGCCACCAUCAAACUCGGUAAGGCCGAGAGCGACUUGACGGUAGAGGAACGGGCGCGUAUGGAAGGGAGCAGCGAGCCGAAACCUGCGUCGGCGACUGGGAACGAGACCGCUCUAGUAUGA